AUGGCGACUCUUCAACCUCUUCACACCGAAACAGAUCCAACAAAACGAUAUACCUGCCCCUCUGAAACAAGUCCCCAUCGUGCCACAAUACUGGGAUUCCCCUCUCGUUGCUCCACAUUUCCAGCCCUUUACACCAAAACAUGCACCGAGAUCGUAGAUCUAGCAUGCACAAUUGCAAAUUUUGAGAAAGUCCGCCUACACGUCCGACCAGAAGAUAUCCCUCAAGCUCAGAAUCUGGUAUCCAAACGAUUAUCAAUGGAGAAAGAGCCCCAUAAUCAAGAACUCAACGUACAAUUGAUUUCUGUGGCAACAAAUCACUGCUGGGUCCGCGACACCGGCCCUGUUUACGUCCGCGAUGCCGAGAAUACAGACCAGCGCUAUGCAGUUGACUUCCAAUUCUGCGAAUGGGGGAACAAAACUGGAGAGCUUCUCUACAACAGUUCAACCGAUAAAGAAGCCGCACUAGCAGAAGAGGCAAACACUGAUCCAGCCGACUGGCCAAUUAUGGAUGCUACACGCCGAGAAGAGAAUACGCUCUUUGCGCGCCGAACUUUGCAACUCGAGAAUGCAGAUGACUCUACUUCCCCUGUGAUUCGAAUCCAAUCUUCUGUACGCCUGGAGGGUGGUGGGAUUGAGAUGGAUGGAGAGGGAACCUUCAUGGCGGCUGAAAGUAGCGUGCUGGUUCCUUCGCGCAACGAGGGACUCUCACGCGAAGAAGUGGAAGCUGAGUUAUCACGGUUACUGGGAGUUACGAAGUUCAUCUGGGUCCCUGGUCGUGAAGGACUGGAUAUUACGGAUUGUCAUAUUGAUGCGGAGGCGCGAUUCAUUCGUCCUGGUGUGGUGGUGGUCUGUAAACCGCAUGCGAAGAGUGGGGCUAUCUACUGGGAUAUCUAUCGGGAGAUCCGCGAAGUCCUGGAUUCUGCUACUGAUGCGCGAGGACGGAAACUGCAGGUGUACGAUAUUGAAGAGCCGGAUCCAGAUCUUAUGAAGGGAGAUGUACCAGGAGAAGAGGCAGAACCGUCAGCCUCGUAUGUGAACUUCUACUUCGUGAAUGAAGGGUUGAUUAUCCCUGCUUUUGGCGAUCCGGUGGCGGACCAGAAGGCUCUUGAGACUUUGCAGAAACUUGUCCCCGAACGUGAGGUGAAACAAGUGGCUGUGAAUGCUUUGCCGAGGACCGGGUUUGACAGUCAAUAA